UCCAUCAAGGACUUUGCAAUGGUGAAGGAGGUGGGCAGCGGCGCGGCUUCAAACGUGUACUACGCGAUAUGCCGCAAGAGCACGCAGCCGGUUGCGAUUAAGAUGUACCUGAAAUCGAAGCUUAGCAAGCUGAACAGGCGCCAGGUGGAGCGAGAGAUUAACAUCCACUCGUCAUUGAGCCAUCCAAACAUCAUUGACUUUUAUGCAGCUUUCGAAGACGACGAGCGGAUCUACCUGGUUCAGGAGUAUGCGGCCGGGGGGGACCUCUUUGACGAUGUAAAGCGUCGCGGCGGACGCCUUCCGGAACGAGAAGUCGUGCAGCACGUGCUUUACCCGUACCUCACCGCGCUGUCGUACCUUCACGAGCGCGGCAUUAUACACAGGGAUAUCAAGCCUGAGAAUACGGUCUUCACUCGCGAGCGGGUCCUCAAGGUGACGGAUUUCGGACUUGCAAUUAACGCGCGCACGGAGCGGCCCGUGACUCGCUUGGGCACCUUGGAUUACAUGGCGCCCGAGGUAGGUCGCGGGUUGGAUCUAGUGUACGACGCCUCAGUGGACGCCUGGGCGAUGGGGGUGCUGGCGUACGAACUCAUUGUGGGCCGCCCGCCCUUUGGCAUGAGCUGUCGGGAAGCCACCAUGAGAGCCAUAGUGGCCGCCAGUCCCUCCAUUCCCGACUGGAUGUCACCCGCAGCUGCGGACUUUAUCAGGUCUGCGCUGCAGCGCUCGUCCUCCAGGCGGCUGCCCGUACAGCAGCUGCUGCAGCACCCUUGGAUUAUGAGCCACGUCGGGCACAUCAGCGUCGCCAGGUACGUUUUAAACCGGCUGCUGCAGGGCGAGGGGCGCGUGGUGCGGGGUGGGGUCGGGCAGGAAGGGAAGGAGAGUGGGAGGGAGGGAGAAGGAGGCGAACGGGAUGGAAUGGGAACGGGGUGA